CUUUCAUUGGCUCUCUUUCCGACCCGUCAAACUAUGAGCGGACCAAUAGACACAAUUUUAUGGGUUUGGCCGACGAAGACACGCAAUCAGAGCACGCGCCCGUGUCGCACACAUUUGCAUGCUGGAGUGAAUAAAUACCCCUGCGCGGUGGCUUGCUGGUACUUUUCUUCUUGACUUCAACUAAGCAUCAUCAUGCCUGAACCAGCCAAGCCCGCGCCCAAGAAGGGCUCUAAGAAGGCCGUCACCAAGACCGCCGUUAAGGGAGGAAAGAAGCGCAGAAAGUCCAGGAAGGAGAGUUACGCCAUCUACGUGUACAAAGUCCUCAAGCAGGUCCACCCCGACACCGGCAUCUCUUCCAAGGCGAUGGGCAUCAUGAACUCUUUCGUCAACGACAUCUUCGAGCGCAUCGCCGGCGAGUCGUCUCGUCUCGCGCACUACAACAAGCGCUCCACCAUCACGUCGAGAGAGAUCCAGACCGCCGUGCGUCUGCUGCUGCCCGGUGAGCUCGCCAAACACGCCGUGUCCGAGGGCACCAAAGCCGUCACCAAGUACACCAGCUCAAAGUUAAGUUGCGACGCGACAUACGGCGUUUAAAACUGCAACCAACCGUUUGAUCAUGAAGAGCGUGAGGUGGUAAAGUAAAUCUAUAAUGAAAGGGUCUGACUGGAGUGUUUGUUACACGGUUUUCGCAGAAGGUGGCGGUAUUGUAACGGCUAUAAACCAGCAGAGUGCGGUCUUCACCUGUUUUAAGGCUGAAAUACACAAGACUUUUGCUCAGAUCUUCAUUCUGGACUUGUUGCAGAAAGUCUGUCCCAGUUUGCAGAUUUUAUCAGUUAGUGUGUUUCUUUCUGAAACGUUCAAAAAGUCUGCAAGUGUGUGAUGUCUAGUUCAGAGAAAAUCUGUUCAGAUUUAAAAGUCUUGUAGUGUAUGAGGGUGUUUUACCAUCACAUACAUGAAUGUCCAUCUUAUAUUGUUUAUGAGCAAGAUCGAUCUUCACGUGCUCUUGUGUUUGCUCUUCAUACGAAACCCAACAUGGUGGUGUGUAGAACUGACUCUUAUUCUAUAGAUCUAUGAAGUGGAAAUGUGACAGUAGGACGAUUUCAUAUGAAGUGGGCAUGGGAGAUUUCUUGUAAAAAUUGAAUGUCAAAUAUGUUAACAUUUGUUGGUUUUCCCUUAGAACAAAUAGCUAUGGUUUAACUAUGUCAUAGUUACACUAUGGUAAAACCAUGGUUGAUUUUCAUAAGGAUUUACUUUAAGUGACAAAGUUAUUAAAAUGUUAUUAUACAUUCUGUAAUAAUGCAUUUCAGUGAUUUACAAAAUAUAGCAACAGUAAAACACAAUUAGAAGUCUUUAGAAAAUACAAUGUAUAAUUUUUUCUGAUGGCAAAUAACCUUGAUAAUAUGUAUUUCAUUUAAAGAUGGCUUCAAGAUGUCUUUAACCCUUUAUGACCUGCCAUUGAACAAUUCCGCUAGAGUACAUUUUAGUAUUUUUACAUGCUGUGCUGUUAUGCUUUUGAGUAUUUUCACAUGCCAUGCAUCAAUACAAUCCUUACACCCCCAAUUUGUAGGCUAUGUCUGUAAUUGAUCCAUAGUAACUAGGUAAACAGGUCAAAAGUGCAAUUAACCCCCCACAAAAAAGGAAAAUUGUUUUUU